AUGUCACAGUCCCCAAGUCCUUCUGACAGCAAUUCACCUUAUGCAACCCAAAACGCUCUAAAACGACGCAUUGCUGCUCUAGAAGAGCAAAACGCUGAGCUGCAGGGAGAAAGCCGCAGCAAGAAUAGCCGCGGUGAUAUAUAUGUCACUGCUGGCCGAGCCAUCCGGCGCCUCGUGAGCUUAACCGAUAGAAUCGAGGACCUCGUCGGAGAGCACGACCGAAGGAGCUCUCUGUGUGAUGAAGACGACCAACACACAGAAGAGGAGGAACAACUCUAUCAGUCAUUUCAACAGCUACUUCGCUGGGUUCCAUGUGUCCGCAACCUUCUCAACUCUCAAAGUGACGGGUAUCAGCUCAAUGUUGCUUUUCAAAAGCUCAAUAGAGGUGCUGAUUCGGCACGUGGCGAUGAUGCUAGUUCCUUGAAGAAAACAGUGGCUUCGUGGCUUAAUGAGAGCCGUCCUACCCCCGACCCACCAAUCACCUCGGUCGACAAGUCUGGACGUGGAUUUUAUCACGAUACAACUGGGGAACUUCUCUGUCCUGUGGAUUUCAAUUGGGUCGAUCCAAGAACAAAGGAAGGGAUACGAAACUACGAACCUGACUUCCAAGUUACUGCUCAUUCAUGGCCAGCAUUUUUGUAUAGCAACGGCAAAUAUGACCGUGACAACCCGAUGAAAGGGCUGUUCAAAAGUGUUUUGCUCGUCAGGACUUUCAAACAUAUUUUUACGUCCCCCAGCUCUGCUGGAAAGAUACAACCCGACGAAGAAGAACUCCUGGGCUAUCAGGAACCAUCACACAAGCGGUCUAGGACCUCAGGCGAACGGCGCACCCGGUCUAACAUUGCGACGAUAUUAGGAAUGCGCUCAGUUCAAGCGCGAGCUAUCGCGUAUUCAGCAGUCCAAUUACGAUUUGCCUUGUCAAGCUGCGGUGCCUGGCGUAUCAUCGAUGACGAGUUUGAUCAUCGUCAGUUUUACAUCUACAUCAUCGACUACUUUGAGCAACCACCUACAUCUGCCGCCAAAGCCUCCAUUGACGCCCUUCUUGUUUGGUGGAACAGAACGGUCUUUGGGGCUCGCAAUGUGUCUACUUACUUGCCUCAGAAUGUAGCGCAGUACUCUGUUGCUAACACUUCUGCCAGACGCCGCCAGUGA